GGGUGCCUUGCUUCCUCCUCCUCUUCCUCCUCCUCCCCGCGCCGCCAGUGCCUCAGCAGCGUCGUGCGCGGAGCCGAGCCCGGCGGCCGGAGCGGGAGCGCCACACCCCCCCUCGCCGGAGCCGGGCAGCCGAUGGCGUUCUCUCCCCUGGCCGUGGCCUCGGAGGUGUCGCCGGAGCCGGGCGGCAGCGGGAGGCCGGCCGAGGAGGCGGAUGGGGAGCGGGAGCCGCCGCCGCGGCUGGGCGAGCGCCUCGUGCCCGGGAGCCGCCUGAAGGAAGUGGUGGGCGCGUCCCUGGCGUCGCUGUGCCUCGGUCCCCUCGCCGGACCCCAGCGCCUCGGGACCCUCCUGGAUUGCCUGGUGCUGAACUACGGCCUGCGGCAGGGGCUGGGCUGGAGCCGGGGCCGCGGGGCCGCGGCGGAGGGCGGGGGCGCGGCCGAGGGGCCGCUGCGCUGCUGCGGCUGCGGCAGGUUCUUGGGCGAGCCGGUCACCGUCCCGUGCGGGCACACCUACUGCCGCCGCUGUCUCCGGAGGGAGCUGCGGGCCCGCUGCCGCCGCUGCCGGGACUGGCUGCUGCCGGCGGGGGGCACCAGCACGGCCGCGGCCCCGCUGCGGACCAGCGUCGUCCUCAACCAGCUGGCGGAGAAGUGGUUCCCGGGAGAGUGCGAGAGGGCCAGGACCGGGAGCCGGCUGGAGGAGCUGCUGGCCCAGGGCCGCUUCCGAGAGGCUCUGGCCGCCGCCAGCCAGGCUCUGCGAGCAGAUUCCAGUGACUUGAUGCUAAGAAUUUACAGAGCUGAGUCAUAUGUUGGCCUCCAAGAAUAUAAAACAGCCAUAGAAGAUCUAAAUUUUGUUAUUUCUAAAAUGCCAAAUUGGCCAGAGGUCUACUUCCGGAAAGGAAAAGUGCUGCAAGACUCUGGCUUUGUAGGUGAUGCCUUACAACUGUUUCUACAGUGCUUAGCCCUUGAUGAGGACUUUCUUCCAGCCAAGCUAGAAGUAGAAAGGACGCUGUGUGAUGUGCUGUCACCAGAGAAGUUAGGAGAGAGUCUGAAGGAAUCUGCUUGGAAUUCACCGCAUAUUCGAAAUAAACCUUUUAUACUUGGUUCUGAGGUGACUGAGUCUUACUGCAACUUACAGCUCUGUCCUGAGCAGAGUUUAGGAGGAUCAGAUGUACUGGAGCCUGUCAGUGGAAGCUUAAAUCGUGCACAGUCUGCCCAUGCUCUUAACUCAACAAAAGACCGUGCCAAGGAAGAUGGCUUAAAGAGAGUGUCUUCUGAACCCCUUCUCUCUGGCCAAGAAAAAGGUGCUUUGUUGAAAAGAAAGCUUUCCUUUUCAGAACAGGAUACAGUUGUAUGUGAAGAUGGAAGAAACAAACACAAAAAGCAAGGAGAAAGUACAAAAAGGGACAUGACACUGGCUUUUGGAACAAUUCCAGGGGAUUUGAUUGAUGUAUCAGAUUUUGAGUGCUCGCUAUGUAUGAGGCUAUUCUUUGAGCCAGUGACAACCCCUUGUGGACAUACUUUUUGCAAAGGUUGCUUGGAACGGUGUUUAGACCAUGCUCCUCAGUGUCCACUCUGUAAGGAGAGUUUGAAAGAGUACCUUGCAAGCAGAAAAUACAGCAUCACAGAACUGCUGGAGGAAUUAAUAAUGAAAUACUUGUCUGAUGAAUUAUAUGAGAGAAAAAGAAUUCAUGCUGAAGAAACCGCUGAACACUCAAAUUUGACCAAGAAUGUUCCAAUGUUUGUUUGCACUAUGGCAUAUCCUACUGUGCCUUGCCCUCUACAUGUGUUUGAGCCAAGAUACCGACUAAUGAUUCGCAGAAGUAUGGAAACUGGAACUAAACAGUUUGGGAUGUGUAUAAGUGAUUCUCAAAAUGGUUUUGCAGAUUAUGGAUGCAUGCUGCAAAUUAGGAAUGUUCAUUUUCUACCUGAUGGACGGUCUGUUGUUGAUACAGUUGGUGGAAAGAGAUUUAGAGUUUUACGGAGAGGGAUGAAAGAUGGUUAUUGCACUGCAGACAUCGAAUAUUUGGAAGAUGUUAAGGUUGCUGAUGAAGAAGAACUAAAGAAACUGAGAGAACUUCACAAUUUUGUUUACAAUCAGGCCUGCAGUUGGUUCCAAAACUUAAGAAACAAAUUUCGCACUCAAAUUCUUCAGCACUUCGGGCCAAUGCCUGACAGGGAGGAAAAUAUACAGGCAAUGCCCAAUGGUCCUGCUUGGUGUUGGUGGCUUCUAGCUGUUCUCCCAGUAGACCCCAGAUAUCAGCUGUCAGUUCUCUCCAUGAUGUCUUUAAAAGACCGUCUGAUCAAAAUCCAACAUAUACUCACAUAUUUUUCUAGAGACCAGUCCAAGUGACUAACCGCCUGGGUCUUCCUGAAAAGUUACUCUGUUCUGGUUGUAGUAGCAGCUGGAAUUUUUGCUGCCUUUGCACAUCUAGCACUGGUUUGAGAAGUGUAAUGGAACUGCUUUUUCUCUCUCCUCCCCACCCUCCCAACUUCCUGAACCACAUGGUUCUUUGAAUGCACACUUUCUUCAACUAUGAGAGAAGACCACUGACAAUUGCACAAAGUCAAUCCAGCUAGAUAUGUUUUUCACGUUAUCUACAUUACAAUUUGCACUAUGUAGAAGAGAACCUUUUUGAGACUUGAUAAUUUUAGCCACUGACUUUUUAAAGCUGUGGGAAGAGCAGGACUUAAGGCUGACAGUCCAAGUUUACAACAUUGAGGAGGUAUUAAAGGUUUUGCAGAUGUUUGCCUCAUACAACUGUUCUUUUGCUGUUUGCACAAAUAUUUGAAAUAUAGUAUUGAAUGUCACUGUUGGAUAUUACUACUCUUGUUGAAUUAUCUUGACCCAUGAACGUGGCACAGAUUUUUGAGUUAUCUUGUAAAUGUAUGCAUCACAAAACAGGUGACAUUAUGAACUGUAUGCUGAACUGAGAGCCAAUUUUAAGGAACAAAUGCAAAAAAAAAAAAAAGGUACUUCUGUCUAAAAAUACUUAAACUGUGAAUAUGGUUUACAUACCUAGGCCUGUACAUGUUAAAGAGGAAACUGAAAACUAAAUGCUAGUACCAGUUACAUUUCUACUGGGCUUUUCAGGCAGGCUGUUCUUCCAGAGCACACACUUAGUGUAUAGAGCUUAGAAGAAGAAAUCUUAAGAGUGUGCGCGUGCGCGCGUGUGUGUAUUGGGGAUUGUGCAUCCAGGAUUUAAAAGCUUAAAGUUUUAUUUGAAUUUUUUAAGUUGGUGCAAAUGUGAGUUCUAUGCCUUAUUCAUAUCAAUAGUAGAGCACACUGCAGUGGCAAGGUUAGCAUCAUGCUGCCAAUAGGUACUUUUUGUAAUUAAAGGUUUGCAUAUUUGUGAAUAUGUCUGAUACUGGCUUUCUUGUAUGUAAAUCAUUUGUAAAAUAUUUCUUAAAUCUUGCUUUUGCUAAUAUAUUUAAUUUUCAAUAAAAGCUAAAAGUUUGUAAUAUUUUUAACUUUAUCAGAAACUAAAAAUCAUUUUCAUUUUCCAUAUGCUUCUAUUCUGGCAUCUUAAGUAAAUCCAGAGGCAGCUGUUAAACCUACACCAAGGUUGUGGGCACUUCAUGACGUAAUCGGUAUGUACCUAAUCUGUUUCUGAUUACAGUACCUGUCUCAGACUGAUUAUUGGUCAGGCAGGUUUUUUGCCAGUGUCUUGCUUUUGUACCUACUGUGUUUAAAUUAAGGUGGUUUCAGGUAGAAAGUUUGCAUAUCACAAAACUUAAAAGUUGUGGGAAACUGUUCUUGCAGAACAGUUAGGUAUUUCACAGACUUGCUAAUCAGAUGCUCUGGCCUUGUUCUCUUCUGGAGUUUAAGGCUUGAGAUAUUACAGGCAACCCAAAAUCUGCUGGAUCGUUUUUAAUGUGGGCUUCUAUCUAGGGUAAAUUUCACCUUUAUUGUAUGAAUAAAGUCCUGGAUUAAUAUUUGGAAAGCUUUAUUUGCAUAAUAAAAGAAGAGAGGGGAUCCUCUAUUUCUCAACUUAGUAUGUUAUAACCUUAGAAACUUAAUCUUUGUAUCACUAUGCUCUUCUUAAGAAUGCGGGUGACAGGAUUUUUGUUUUCUUGACAGCAAAAAGUCCCUGUAGCCAGGCUUGAAAUACCCAAAUAAUCUAGUGGUAAUUUUUUUUUUUUCUUGCCAAGAGCUUUAGUUUUGAAAUUGGGUAUUCCCUAGUCUGCUGGAAGAUGAGGCUUCUAGGUUUUUUUAUAUGUUCCCAUGACUUUUUAAUAAAAUAAAAACUCAGAUAAA